CUUUUUCGACAUACAGUCCAACGUCACUUGAACGUUAAAGCUCAAGAGUAAGAUCACACUUUAAUUUUUGUUUGUGAUCGAAACACCUCACGUUUUUUUAUUACGACAUCGAAUUGGAUCUAUCGCCACAAACGAAAGAUAAGCAAUCAAAGCUUUUCCAACGAUACUCUCCUCUUUCCAUCUUGUGAAUCUCACAUCAAGACCCGUUACAUAAUCUUACAAAAUGAGCGCUGGUGAUUCUCUUCGUAGAAAACUCGUCAUUGUAGGAGAUGGUGCUUGUGGUAAAACCUGUCUUUUGAUCGUUUUCAGUCGUGGAACGUUCCCAGAGGUAUACGUCCCUACCGUUUUCGAAAACUAUGUUGCAGAUGUUGAAGUUGACGGAAAGCAUGUCGAACUAGCCCUUUGGGAUACGGCAGGACAAGAAGAUUACGAUCGUCUUCGACCACUUUCAUAUCCAGAUUCACAUGUGAUCUUGAUCUGUUUCGCAGUUGAUAGUCCCGAUUCGUUGGACAACGUACAAGAGAAAUGGAUUUCAGAGGUUUUACACUUUUGUCAAAAUUUGCCAAUCAUCUUGGUAGGAUGCAAGAAAGAUUUACGUCGUGAUCCAAAGAUUAUUGAAGAAUUACGUAAAACAAGUCAAAGACCUGUUAGCCCCGAAGAAGGAAUGGCAGUCGCACAAAAGAUCGGAGCAGUUCGUUAUUUAGAAUGCAGUGCAAAGACCGGAGAAGGUGUUCGUGAAGUAUUUGAACACGCAACCAGAGCGGCUUUGUUGAGCAAACGUGGCGGUGCAAGGAAGAACAAGUGCACAGUACUCUGAUCGAAUCACGUUGGGCGCGUGCGGGAUGCUGAGUUGUGAUAGAAGUUUGGUGAUGGUGAACGGGGAAUGGUUCUGAGAACGGCUCAAUUAUGCCUGAUUUUGCUCAAGUCUUGGGGCCGGCUAUUGAAUGACAUAAAGCUCAAGAUUGGUCGGUAGGAAAUCAAAUGCAAAACAACCAUGAAGUCAAUCUCUCUCCACAAUACCAUACGUUCCAUUUCUACCUGUUUUCCUCAUCAAACACCAUAACGAAUGCUCUCUCGCCUUUCCCUCUGUCUGUUUAUGAUCUUCCAGACUUGAUCGUCGUACAAGCAUCACAUCUUUUCAUGUUUUCUACCCUUUUCUCUUUCUUGUUCGAAAUACAAUUUGAUCGAUUUCAUUCUUAGGUC